CGAAGAACUAAGAGUCUAAGAGUUGGUAGGUGCGUUCGGUGGGGGAAGACGAGCAAAGAAUCUCUUUUUCUAUUAAUACGCACCAACCAAUUGCCCUGCUGUGACUCCUCAAGUGCAGCGUUGUGUAAUCUUGGAGCAAGCCAUCGAUGGAGUCUUCUCUCUUUGUCCGCCGUCCUUCAUUUUCCUCCCCAUCUUUCAUUCCGCUCCGGUCUCACCAGAACUUGGAUUCCACGCCAAAGAUCUUGCCUUUCUCCAAGGCUUGGAGCAGGAAAGGACUCCAUCUUUCGACCGAACUGAGGGCGAUGUUGGAGCCAUCCGCUGAUCUAAUGACGCCUGUCGAUGCCUCAGUCAAUCCCAGGGUGAGCUCGCUCAAGCCUUCAAAGACCAUGGCCAUCACCGAUCAUGCUACUGCCCUCGUUCAGGCUGGUGUGCCCGUCAUCAGGUUGGCUGCUGGUGAGCCUGAUUUUGAUACCCCUGUUGCUAUCGCAGAGGCCGGAAUCAAUGCGAUUCGAGAAGGGCAUACUAGGUAUACUCCAAAUGCUGGGACAUUGGAACUUAGGAAGGCGAUUUGUCAUAAGCUUGAAGAGGAGAAUGGUGUGACUUAUUCACCUGAUCAAAUCUUGGUUAGCAAUGGGGCCAAACAGUCUAUUAUGCAAGCAGUGCUCGCAGUUUGUUCACCAGGCGAUGAGGUUUUGAUCCCAGCACCAUAUUGGGUGAGCUAUCCUGAGAUGGCUAGGUUGGCUGACGCAGAUCCAGUAAUUCUUCCAACAAACAUAUCAGAUAACUUUCUUCUGAAUCCUGACUUGCUUGCUUCAAAGAUCAAUGAGAACUCAAGGCUGCUUAUACUUUGUUCACCAUCCAAUCCUACUGGUUCCGUUUACCCACAGAAACUGCUCGAGGAGAUUGCUGAUAUAGUCAGGAAACAUCCAAGGCUUCUGGUGUUAUCAGAUGAGAUAUACGAACACAUAAUAUAUCCACUAGCCAAACAUACAAGCUUUGCUUCAUUACCUGGAAUGUGGGAAAGAACUCUUACUGUAAAUGGUUUUUCUAAGGCCUUCGCAAUGACUGGUUGGCGACUUGGGUACCUUGCCUGUCCUAAACACUUUUUAGCAGCUUGUGGAAAGAUUCAAAGCCAGUCUACCUCUGGCGCUAGCAGCAUAUCCCAGAAAGCUGGCCUUGCAGCUCUAGGUUUGGGAUACGCCGGUGGUGAGGCCGUUUCCGUGAUGGUGAGAGCAUUCCAGGAAAGACGCGAUUUCUUAGUUAAAAGCUUUGGGGAAUUGGAGGGUGUUAAAAUAUCAGAGCCCCAGGGUGCUUUCUACCUGUUCAUAGAUUUCAGCUCCUAUUAUGGAUCUGUGGUUGAAGGUUUUGGAAACAUUAAAGACUCUGAAUCCCUUUGCCGGUUUCUUUUGGACAAGGCCCAGGUUGCACUUGUUCCGGGAGAUGCAUUCGGAGAUGAUAAAUGCAUUCGGAUUUCUUAUGCUGCAUCCCUGUCAACCUUGCAAGAAGCAAUGAAGAAAAUAAAAGAAGCCAUGGUUCUACUUAAACCACCUGUUGCUGUCUAACUUAUUGCUUGUAGAGACAAAGUAGUUGAUUUAUUGGCAAGGAUGAAAACAGUGUGAUUCUCUCAAGAGAAAUAAAUUCGCAAGUAUUUGAAUAUCAACAAUUUGGUUAGAUGAAUAAAUUUGAAUUUAAAGUGA